AUGUACGAGCUCAACGAGAGCAGCUUCGAUCCCAUCACCUUCGUCCUGACGGGCAUCCCGGGCAUGGAGGAGUCCCAGAUCUGGAUCUCCGUCCCCUUCUGCCUGAUGUACAUCGCUGCUGUGUUCAGCAACUCCGUCGUCCUCUUCGUCAUCACCACGGACAGGAGCAAGCCCAUGUACCUCUUCCUCGCUAUGCUGGCCGUUUCUGACCUCCUGCUUUCGACCACGACGGUGCCCAAGAUGCUGGCGAUCUUCUGGUUCAGCGCCAGGGAAAUUUCCUUCGACGCCUGCAUCACCCAGAUGUUCUUCACCCAUUUCAGCUUCAUCGUGGAAUCCUCCGUCCUGCUGGCCAUGGCGUUCGACCGCUACGUGGCUGUCUGCAUCCCGCUGCGAUACUCUUCCACCUUAACGCCCUCGGUGAUCGGGAAGAUAGCCGUGCUCAUCCUGUCCCCGCCCACCUCCCUCCUCAAGCGGCUGCCGUACUGUGGGCACAACGUCAUGCCCCACACGUACUGCGAGCACAUGGGCAUCGCCCGCCUGGCCUGCGCCGACAUCAGAGCCAACGUCUGGUACGGGCUCACCACGGCUCUUCUCUCCUCCGGCCUGGACGUCGUGCUCAUCGCUGUCUCUUACGCUCUGAUCCUCAGGACGGUCUUUCGGCUCCCGUCCCGGGAGGCUCGUCUCAAAACCCUGAGCACCUGCGGCUCCCACCUCUGCGUGAUCCUCAUGUUCUACGUGCCCGCUUUUUUCUCCUUCCUCACGCAUCGGUUUGGCCACCAGAUCCCGAGUCACGUUCACAUCCUCCUGGCCAACCUCUACGUCGUGGUGCCGCCGAUGCUCAACCCCAUCGUGUAUGGGGUGCGGACGCGGCAGAUCCGCGAGCGUGUCGUCCGCCUUCUCUGCCCUGGG